UCCCAUAUCCGCUCGCCCAUCUUGAUUCGACCCCAUUCCGACCGUACAGGUUGUGUAGUCACAUCGGUCAUGAAAGCUUCAAGCUCUCCGCAUGUUCAGUUUAUUCCUGCUUCUCCAUUUUCGUUUUCGUGUGCGUGCGCACGUGAACGACGACCUAACAAGACGGUUCUCAGAGAUUACAUCCUGGGCAUGGGGUCAGGCUUACCGCUGCGGUUGGUCGACAGCGGUGCCUGCAGAAAUGAGCCCGUCAACUUUGAAGACGCCGCGCCACGGACGUGAUCAACCAGAUCGCUCGUCGGCUGCCGACAGGCUGUAUCCUUCGCGAUACGACGACUACUCGGUCAAUAGAGCCCGCGCUGUCUAAUGCACACAGCCUCUGUCAAUCUUGAGGAAGUCUCCUGCCCGGUGAAACUGCUGCGCUGUGAUCGCAGCUGUGUUGGAUCGUGCGCAUGCUGGGGU